CUCUCUCUCUCUUAGACCUCUCUCUUCUCAAACUCUCCUCGGCUUCUCUCUCCAACCUAUCUCUCCUCAAGUUUUGUGAGAGGAAAGAGAAGAAAAAUAAAUAAAACCUGACGUGUGUAUGGGAUCAGCAACAACGAUCCAUAGAGUUUUUCAUAUAUAUUUCAGCGACCUCAGAGUUCGUGAGGCUGCAUCUCUUUAUGCUAAAUCCUUGAACCCAAUUUGCCACCAUCACUCGUUCGGCUAACCGCUUAAUACCCACCCAUGGCUCGGUUCAAUCAUUACUCAGGAAUAGAACGAUUUUCUAGAUUAGGUAUCAAUUAUUGUUUUCCCCAGAUGCUAUAGCACCGAUAUCGCUUUUAGCCCUUUCUUUACUCUCUUGUGGGGGCUCCUCUGUUUCCCACCUAUUUUUCUUCUUCUUUUCUGUGGGCCUCUUGACUCCGCCUUUCUACUAACAAUGCCUUUCUUUAUGAAGUAGGUGGAAUAAUUAUGUUCAAGUCAUGGUCUUUCUUUAAGAUUUCCACUGCGAUACAUGCAUAUCCAUGAAUUUCAUGAUUGUCACCACCUUUAUUCCAUUCUCAGAUACCCAUAACCACCGAAAAAGCAGCAAUCCUUACCAGAAAAUCCAUGGAAGUUCUUUCUUCCCAUAAGCUUCUUUUCCGACUCUGUCUUCUCUUACCUCUCCGUAUCACCUCACUUCUGCUUCUCUCUUCAGCUUACUCUCCUCCUGAUAAUUACUUCAUCAACUGUGGAGCACACUCCAACACCACUGUCGAUACCCGAGUCUUCGUUGCCGACCGGGGUUUCUUAGUCGGAAAGGGAGAAACAGUCAAAAACAGCAACUCAUCAGCAAGCAGUUCACCUCUCUAUCAAACGGCAAAAAUUUUCAAACACCCCUCUUUAUAUAGGUUUGACAUCAACCAGGAUGGCACAUACAUUGUACGCCUCCAUUUCUUUGUUUUCUUGUCACAUACUGAUCUGUCUGUUGCUCGGUUCAAUGUUUCUGUUUUUGGGCUUUCACUUUUGACGAACUAUAGCUUCCGAAACGUUACUAUAAGUUCUCCAAAGAUUGAGGAAUUCUUGGUCACCAUCCUAAAAGGUGAAUUUAAAAUCUACUUCAUGCCCUACGAGACAUCUACGGCUUUCGUGAAUGCCAUAGAAGUCUUUCUUGGCCCCGAGAGCUUCAUCCCUGAUAAGGCCCUUCACAUUACUUCUCAAGGAGCUAAGAGAAACUACAGUGGUUUGAGCUCCAACUCCAAGGUUCUGCAUAAAGUCCAUAGGAUCGACGUUGGGGGUUCUACGUCCAAGCUCGAUGAGUUAUGGAGGAAUUGGGAUCCAGAUGAUGAUUACUUACAGAGCCCAGAAAGUGAAACGUAUGAUCAGUACAAAGGUGGAACGCCUUAUUAUGAACCCGAACGGAUCAACGAGUAUAUUGCCCCAGCUUUUGUGUAUCAGACAGCCAGACAAUUUAAAGAUAGUAACAGCAACUCCAGUUUACCAAAGAUAACUUGGAGUUUUCGUGUCAAUAAGAAUUCUAACAACUUUCUUCGGGUCCAUUUCUCCGACGUAGUAAGUCCAACACCUAAUGACUUGUGGUUCAAUCUCUAUAUCAAUAGAAAUUUCAGUAAGGAGAUCAAUCCUUACAGUAUAGCUGAGAGGAUGGGCGCUGUUCCAUUUUACAUCGAUUUUGUGGUUGAUUCCGAUGGUUUGGGAUUUGUGAAUGCUAGUAUCAGCCGAGUGGAGGACUCUCGGAUACAUAAUGCCUUUUUGAAUGGGCUGGAGAUUCUGGAGGUAGUGAACGAGUCGGGUUUCAGUCCUCCAGAAAUUGAACUAGGAAAAAAGAAACUCUCCCCUGCUAAAAUUGUUCCUGCAUGUAGUGGGGCGUUUUUCAUUUUGGUAAUAUUGGUGGCGUUGGGUUUGAAAUUCAGGAAACCAGGGCAUGAUAAGAUUUUGGGAGUGCCUCUUUAUGGAGGGUUUAGUUCGGACAGCAGGUCGACUCAAAGAGGUCGUAAUGCUUGCCUUGCUCCUAGUCUAAACCUUAGUUUAAGGGUACCUUUUUCUGAAAUAAAGCGUGCAACGAAGAACUUCAAUGAAAAGCUAUUGAUUGGUGAGGGUGGAUUCGGGAAAGUCUACAAAGGAACACUUAAUGGCAGGAAAGUGGCAGUGAAACGAAGUGAUCCACGACAUGGACAGGGUCUGGAGGAAUUUCAAACGGAGAUCACGGUGUUGUCUCAUAUUCGUUACCGCCAUCUUGUUUCUUUGGUGGGAUAUUGCGAUGAACGGCGUGAGAUGAUACUGGUUUACGAGUUCAUGGAAAAGGGGACUUUGAGAGAUCACCUCUAUCAUUCAGAUGACAAUUAUGAGAGAUCAACUUCAGUGUCUGAAUUAUCUUGGGAGCAAAGACUAGAAAUCUGCAUCGCUGCAGCAAAGGGCCUACACUAUCUACACACUGGUCCGGCUGGAGGAAUCAUUCACCGUGACGUGAAGUCAACAAACAUUCUGCUCGAUGAAAAUUAUGUGGCUAAAGUUGCCGACUUCGGCCUUUCCAAAUCCGGUCUUCCUGAUCCGGACAACAUCACCAUGGGCGUAAAGGGUAGCUUUGGUUAUCUUGAUCCAGAAUACCUUACAACCUUACAGUUGACAGAGAAAUCUGAUGUAUACUCCUUUGGAGUUGUACUGCUUGAAGUUCUCUGUGCUAGGCCGGCUAUCAUACAAUCAUCUCAGCUGGAUGAGGUGAACUUAGCAGAAUGGGGGAUGCUGUGGCGAAAGAGAGGCCAACUUGAGAAGAUUAUUGAUCCUGUGCUUGUUGGUAACAUUAAGCCAAGUUCAUUGAGAAUAUUUGGUGAUACUGCAGAAAAGUGUUUGAAGGCAUUUAGUAUUGAGAGGCCGACUAUGCAGGAUGUGUUAUAUUACCUAAGUUAUGCACUGCGGCUUCAAGAAACUGGGAUGCCUAGAGAGCCAUUUGAGGACAGCACAACGACUACCAUAACUUCAUUGGAGCUGCAGUUUCCAGUUGUGUUGAACUUUCCGGUUCAUGAAGAUGAUGAUGCACCCAUUGUUGGGGAUGAUAGUUCUGAUAUAGAGGUUAGUGAAGUCUAAGUCAACUAGUUUGGGUAAGUACUAUCUGGUUUGCAUUAGCACCUGAAUUCAUAGCAAUAUUUAAUAAUCUUUUUAAAGAAUUCAGGUAUUUAAUAAAAAAAAACUUUAAUUAAUAGUGUUGUCAGAUGCAGUGUUCCUCGCAUGACUUGAAUUCUUAUCGCCAUGAAAUUUGUAAUAGGCUUUAGUUUGUGGCUUUGUGCUUAAAUUCUGUAUCGAUACCACUAUUUUAUAAUGUGAACCUCUUUUUGUUGGUC